CAGCAACAUUCUUACGACGAGUCAACAUGCCGGCACCGACAGCCCUACAAAGAGCGCCUGAGCCGCUUGCGGUGGAAGAGACGAUACACGGUGCGCCACAGUCAGCCGUUGACGACGACAUCAUUCUCUCUACAAACCAACCCACCGAAGGCGCGCCACAAGACCCAGCACAAGACGAACAACAAGCCCCAGAAACGAUGGACGUAGACAACAGUACCUCCACCCCCCUCUUCGCCCCGGAGAAAGCCUCAAGCCUCGCCGUCCGUGUAGAAGAGCGCAAAAUCCGCGUCCCUCCCCACCGCAUGACGCCCCUCAAAGCCUCCUGGCCCAAGAUCUACCCCCCACUAGUCGAACACCUGCACCUCCAAGUUCGCAUGAACCUCCCCAAGAAAGCCGUCGAGUUGCGCACAUCAUCUCACACCACCGACCCAGGCGCAAUCCAGAAGGGCGCAGAUUUCAUCCAAGCCUUUUGUCUCGGCUUUGAUCUUGAUGACGCUAUAGCGUUGUUGAGGUUGGAUGAUCUUUACAUUCAGAGUUUCGAGGUGAAGGAUGUCAAGAAUUUGAGUGGGGAGCAUAUGAGCAGAGCGGUGGGGCGGAUAGCGGGGAAGGAUGGGAAGACGAAGUUUGCAAUUGAAAAUGCGAGUCGGACAAGGAUUGUGUUGGCGGAUCAGAAGGUGCACAUUUUGGGUGGGUUUAAGCAGAUACAUGUUGCGCGGGAGGCGGUCGUGAGUUUGAUUUUGGGCAGUCCGCCCGGGAAAGUGUAUGGGAAUUUGAGGGUGGUGGCGAACAGGAUGAAGGAGCGAUUCUAGUUGGAGUCCAAAAAAGUAAUUGCAUGCAU